AUGCCACGCGGUCGCCAGACGAGGAGGAAGGUGUUCACCGUCACCGAAAAGCUGGAAGUGGUGAAGAGGUACCUCAAUGAGGGAGAGAGCUUUUACUCCCUUGGCAAGUCGUGCGGCGCACAAGGCAACCAAGUUUGUCGGUGGGUGGCGAACCACGAGCUUCUCAAGCAAGCUGCACAACGAUCGCCGCAAGCUGCAACUGUCAGCAUCGGUCGACCCGUCACCAACCUCGACGUCGAAGAACAAGUUCUGGAGUACUACAAUGUCCUAAGGGACGAUGAUGUCGCGAUAAGCACCAAGAUGUUGAAGCUCAAGGCACUGAACAUCGACCCGACCUUCCGUGGCGGGUACACCAGUGCAUUGACCUCGUGGCAUCCGUCGUCCGACUCGAGUUGGCCAGAAGAUGUCGUCGGCACUUAG